AAUUUUCAAACAGUGUUGCCAGAAUUUGCAAAUCUUUCCCAAUUGUAUUUGUUUGAUUUUUGCUAUUUGUUUUAAUUUAUCAGUUGAAAACAAUAUACUUAUCAAUUAAAUGGCCACCGAAGAGGAACAGCUAAGUCAAGUCAUCUUGCCGGUAAAGGAGCCACUGGAUCUUAUCCGGCUAAGUUUGGACGAAAAGGUUUAUGUGAAGAUGCGAAAUGAACGGGAGCUGCGUGGCCGUUUGCAUGCUUUUGAUCAGCAUUUGAACAUGGUGUUAGGAGAUGCCGAAGAGACUGUCACCACAGUCGAAAUCGACGAGGAGACAUACGAAGAGGUCUACAAAACCACAAAACGAACCAUACCCAUGCUAUUUGUGAGAGGUGAUGGUGUUAUCCUAGUCUCGCCGCCAAUGCGAGUGGGUUAGAGUUAAAUUGAGAUCCUUUAUUGUAUAGAAACUCCUUUUUUAAUAAUAAAUAUCUACAACUUUGUAA